AUGUAUAUGUGCGUGGACAUCCAGUACGAGUGGGAGGGCUUCAGCAGCUGCAAGCGGCCCAUACACAAGUGGCUGCUCCUCAGCUACGGCCUCGUCGUUAUGUCCCGGAUCGUGCACGUCUCUGGGGCCUUCAUGCAGGGGCUGAACCUGCGGCAGAAGAGCACUGCGGUGCGGGUGCUGCUUUCGCUGAUGUGGCUGGUGAUCCUGCCCGCCUUCACAGUAUGGUCCAUGGUCGGCACCGCGUGGGUCUACGAGGUGAUGCGCGCCACGCCCGAGUGCUUGCCUGGCGGCGCUCACUUCUGGUUCUUGAUCGUCUGGCAGGCCCUCAGCUACUUCUGGAUCAUCGUGCACUGCGGCCUGGGCAUCGUUGCAUGGUACCUGGAGAGAAGACUCCGUCGUGCCGAAGGUGACCUGCGACAGCUGGAGGACCAAGACCUCCUCUCGCGCUGGGGCCAGGCCGAGGGCAACCGGGAAUAUGUGGCUUGGGGUUUGGGGUUUCGGGUUUAG